AUGUCUGUGAUUGUACGUGAUCGCGCCGAUCGGGUAAUAUUGUACACUAAAGGUGCUGACUCGAUGAUAUUUCCAGUAAUAUCUGAAAGUUUCCUGACUUCACGACGUGGUGGUGCGCUUUGUCAUAAAGCGGAAGAAUAUAUAUCCAGUUAUGGCAGUCAAGGUCUAAGAACGCUUUGUCUAUGCAAAAGAUUUUUAAGUAAUGAAGAGUAUAUGGAAUGGAAAGUGGACCAUGAGAAAGCUGAAAUGUCUUUGAGUCAUAGAGAAAAACAGAUUUCUCAGUCUGCAUGUAAUAUUGAGCAGCAGAUGGAACUGCUGGGAGUGACAGCAAUUGAGGAUCGAUUGCAAGACGGUGUACCAGAGUGUAUUGAAGCGCUUCGUAAAGCUGGGAUUCGUGUUUGGGUGCUUACUGGUGACCGUGUUGAAACUGCAGUCAAUAUUGCAUAUGCUUCCCGGCUUUUUUCGCCUUCAAUGGAGUUAGUUCAACUUAGUGCCCGUAACGAAGCAGAUACUGGUGAAAUGUUAAGUCUUAUAGAAGAGAAGAUGUCUAAGGGCUUACAGGUUCAGGAAAAAACAUCUUCAUUACUUUGUAAUUUGCCUGGAAUUGAAGUUUCGAGAUCUAGAAGUCUGUCCAGUCGGCCGCCUCUGCAGCGACCUAAUUAUGGUGUAGUAGUUAAUGGUCAAACUCUUGCGAAUUGCUUAUUAGCACCCAACUUGCCAAAGUUCUUAAAAAUUAUUGAAAGGAGCACUUCAGUGUUGUGCAGCAGAGCAACACCUCUGCAAAAAGCAUCAGUAGUCAAAUUGACAAAGCAGCACUUGAGUGGUAAAGUUUUAGCUAUUGGAGAUGGUGCUAACGAUGUGUCGAUGAUUCAGUGCUCAGAUCUGUUUGUAUUUGUGUUGUACUGGUGUCAAUUAUUUAACGGGUUUAGUACUCAGGUGCCCAUUGAUCCCAUAUACCUCAUGUGCUACAACUUACUGUUUACUUCAGUUCCACCUUUACUUUAUGGUAUGACGGAGCAAGAUGCUCCACCAGAUGUACUUUUAAACUAUCCAAUCCUCUAUGAACAAGGGCGCUGCUCCGAGUUAUAUCGGUGGUACUCCUUUUGGUUAAAUAUGCUUGAUGCACUGUGGCAAAGUGCUGCUGUUUAUUUCACUGCUCACUUUGUAAGUUAUUUAUUUCCGAAUAUGAAAAUCAAUGAAAAAAAUUAG